AUGAAAUGUUAUUCGGCCCCGUUCAUGAAAAACCUGAUUCAUCGAGAAUUUGAUCGUUCAAGGUCAUGCGUUGCACCGCUAGCAUACCUCGCCAGUGCAAUUACGUUGCUCGCUGCGGAAGCGUGGAUACUCGAGCUAGCCGAGAAUCAUAGUCGUCCAGGCACACAUCCCUCUCCCAUCAAUACUUUGAGAAAAUUCAUCCACCAAACGAGUGAAACAAUAGCAUAUUACGUUGGGCUUGAUAUUGAUUUGAUUGAGAAGGCGGAUCUUGCGCUCGAAAAGUCGCCGCCGCCGCCGCCGCCAGAGGCGCAAGAGUCGCGUUGCACCAUGCAUCUAAUCUCUGGAGCGUUGCUCAACGGCGUCAUCAGCCUCUUGCUUCAAUCACAAAGCAGCUUUGCAGCGUCGAAUGAUGGCUUUCAAAUCCCGCUUCUACUGGACGCAACACUGGACGAAUUACGAGCCGGUCUUGAUGCGGGCCGCUUUACCAGCGUGGACCUGACCAAAGCAUACAUUGCUCGUAUCAACGAAGUCAACGAGGACCUCCAUGCUGUCACCGAAAUUAAUCCCGAUGCUCUGACCAUCGCGGCCGUGUUGGACCGGUUCCGAGAAACGACUACAGAACCACUGAAUCCACUGCAUGGGAUACCAAUCUUGGUGAAGAACAACAUAGGGACUGCAGACAAGAUGAAUAAUACCGCUGGAUCGACUGCGCUGCUGGGGGCGAAGCUCAAAGAAGACAGCACAAUAAUCAAGAAGCUGCGCGAAGCCGGAGCCGUUAUCCUGGGCAAGGCAAAUCUUUCACAAUGGGCAGGAUCUCGUAGCUUGCAGGCAAGCAAUGGCUGGUCCGCACAUGGCGGCCAAACCAUUGGCGCUUAUUAUCCAGAACAGGAUCCUGACGGCUCGUCGUCCGGCAGCGCCGUGGCCUCGUCGAUCGGUUUGGCAUGGGCAUCGAUUGGUACUCAAACGUUGGGAUCGAUCUGUGAUGCCUCCCACGCAAACAAUAUUGUGGGCAUCAAGCCAACGGUAGGUCUGACUUCGAGGUUUCUCGUGAUUCCGCUGUCGGAGCACCAAGACAGCGUCGGACCGAUGGCACGAACUGUCAAAGAUGCGGCGUACUUGCUUCAAGCCAUUGCUGGAUCCGAUAGCAAAGACAACUAUACAGAUGUCGCUCCAAAUCCGCCGGCGGACUAUGUUGCCGCGUGUAACAAAAAUGCACUCAAGGGCAAGCGGCUGGGCGUACCCAAGGACUACCAGAGCAUGCGUCGCUAUCUCACGGCGGACGCCUCAUUCGAAGCGUUCGAGUCUACUCUCCAAUUGUUACGCGAGGCUGGAGCACAUGUCAUGGAGGAUAUCGAAAUGCCUGGAGUGGAACUCAUGAAGCAGACCGGCAGACAGGAAAUCAUCGGUGGCGCUGACUUCUUGACGGAUCUGCCCAAGUAUUUGACAGAGCUGGAGACGAACCCGAACGAGAUCCACACUCUGUCCGACGUGCGCGCAUUCACAGACCGAUCGUCAGUCGAAUCGGACAAGUUUGACUUCAUGAUGUUCAAUAUGAUUCUGAAGCGCGAUAUUAACAAUACGAUGCCUAUUUGGUGGGAAUACUACAAUGAGCAAUCUUACCAGAGCAAUGCCCUAGGGCUGAUAGGCGCUAUUCGCAACAACAGCUUGGAUGCCAUGAUAUUGCCGCCCCCUAUCGCGACAGAAAUAGCAGUACAAGGAGCACCGACGAUUUCUGUGCCUCUGGGACAUACCAACCAGAACACCCCCUAUCAUCGCAACGAGGUGGACACACUGAAUGACAUGGGGCCAAAUCGCCCAUUUGGGUUUGGAUUUGUAGGAGAUUACUUCUCGGAGGAGAAAUUGAUUGGAAUGGCCUAUGCGCUGGAACAGCUCACGCAGGUGCGCAAGACGAUCAAGCCGCACAUACAGCCCAGGACGGAGCUUGAGGACAUCGUGGUAUUCAAGAGCGAGGACCUGUAG